CCAACCCACCUUAUCCACCACUCAUCUUCCGCUUUCAAAGUUUCCUUCUCAAUCUCUUUUUUCCCGACGCAAAAAGCAAAUAUUUUUCCUGUUAGAGUGUCAGCUCUUUCCAUGGCAGCCUCCACUGUUUCUUCUUCUCCUCUUCACGCCAAACUCUCCAACCUCUCCUUUACUCCUUCUCCUCUUCCACUCCCUACCCACUACUCAUCAAAGCCCUUUAAUCCCUUAAAACUCAAGCUUAACACCCAUUUCCCAAAUUCCCAUCUUCUCCUCUCCCCUCCUCAUUUUCACGCUGCUUUCGCGGCUUUCGACAGUUUUGAAGUAGCUCAAGAUGAUGACAUAACGGCUCAAGAUGACCCACAAUCUGAAGGUGAAGACUGGGAACAAGAAGAAGAAUAUGAGGAACUGAAACCCAUAGAUUCAAACGAAGGAGGGAGGCUUUAUGUGGGCAAUUUGCCAUAUGCUAUGACUUCUUCACAAUUGACAGAGGUUUUCCAGGAGGCUGGUCGUGUCAUCAAUGUUGAGAUUAUUUAUGAUCGCGUCACUGAUAGGAGCAGGGGUUUUGGCUUUGUUACAAUGGCAAACGAUGAAGAAGCUAAAGAAGCAAUUCGGAUGUUCAAUGGAUCGCAAAUUGGAGGUAGAACUGUGAGGGUGAACUUCCCCGAAGUGCCAAGGGGAGGUGAGAAGGAAGUAAUGGCACCAAAGAUUCGGAGCUCCUACAAAGGCUUUGUAGACAGUCCACACAAGAUCUAUGCAGGAAACCUCGGUUGGGGCCUUACGUCUCAAGGUCUAAUAGAUGCUUUUGCAAACCAACCAGGUCUGUUAAGUGCCAAAGUCAUCUAUGAAAGAGACACAGGAAGAUCUCGAGGUUUUGGGUUCGUCUCAUUUGAGUCUGAUGAAAAUGCAGAAGCUGCUCUAAAUGCCAUGAAUGGAGCGGAAGUGGAAGGGCGACCUUUGAGAUUGAAUUUGGCUGCAGAAAGAGCACGUUCUCCACCAGCUAUAGAAGCAAAUACAGUAGAUAAUCUUGACAGCAGUGAAUUGCUUUCUAGCAUUGGCUCCUGACCAAAACAUAGAGUAGCUCAAUGAGGGCUUAAAUUGCUGUUAAAUGAAGCACCAGAGGAGCAUUAUGAGAAAAUAUAGCACUGGCAGAUUUUUCGAUCCUUGCGGUUCUUUUUGUCUUUCAUUGCUCCCCUGCCCUUUACAAAGGGUUCCUGCAAAUUAGCUAGCAAGAAAGUUAAUUAAAAGCAGUCUUUGUCAUGCAUUUUUUAGUUAUGUAGCCCGAGAUUGUACAAGAAUUUAAAUAGCAUGCCAAGAAUUAUCCUUGUAGUUUGCUGACUGCAUUGUGUUCUAAGCUUUUAGCUAUUGAAGAACAAUCCACUGAUGGAAAUGAUUCUGCAAA